CUUAAGUGGGGCGCGCUAAGACGCCAGUGAUGUCAACCCAAGCUUUCUGGACUUCUGUCGCUCGUGGACCCUUCAUCUCGCACAUCCAAUUCUGCCUCCCACAUAUAUAGGCCACUACAAAAAUGGGUCUUGAAGACUUUGAAAAAGAGCUCGCGGCAAGCAAGAGCAAAGAGGACAGACGGAAGCGCGACCGAAGCCGUAGUCGCGACCGACACCACCGCUCAAGUAAGCACCAGUCCUCGCACCGUCACCGCGACGAGCGAGAUAGAGAUGGACAUCACCGAGACAAGAGAUCGCGACAUCACCACGAAACCCCUGAAGAGCGUUCACGGCGUAAACGGAAAGCAAGAGAGCGCGACGACAAGGACGACAGCAAAUCACACCGAGGGCACAAGGACAGGCGGAGUCGCUCUCCCUCAAGCGAUGAAGACCGCAUGACCCGGAAGCGCAAGUCUCGCCAUUACGAAGAAGAUGAAUCUUCAGGUGACGACGCACCGCAGGAGAAAGACUAUGCGCCGCACGACGACGAGCUGCUGGACGAGCAGCUCGAAGAGGCAGCUGGCGCGAACGUGCAGCGCGACGACUGGAUGCAGGCACCAUCGUCGAUGGACAUUGACUAUGUGCAACGAAAGAAGCGGGAGGAGAAGACAACAUAUGUUGCGGCGUCUGCAGAGAAACAGCACGCAUUGAAAAUUCACAAAGCUGAGCUGAACCACCACCUCGCCGACCUCGAGAAGGACACGACGGAAGAACCCGCACAAAGGGAGGUUGACUACACGUUCGGCGAUUCAGGGUCCCAGUGGCGCAUGACAAAGCUCAAGGGCAUCUACAGGGCAGCCGAAGAGACGGGCAGGAGCGUUGAAGACGUGGCACUAGAGAAGUACGGCGAUUUGCGCGACUUCGACGAUGCGCGGGAGGAGGAAAGUGAGCUGGAUAGGCGGAACAUGUAUGGCAAAGACUACGUUGGUAAAGAAAAGCCUUCAGGGGAGCUGCACGAGGAGCGCAGGUUGAAGGCAGGCAUCCACCACCCAUCUCGAGAGGGACCUCUGGCGGACCAGCUGCCUCAAGGCGAAACUGUAUCAAACCCGAGACCCACCACGAACGCGGUUGCUCUAAGUCAGACAGAGCUGAACAAGCUCAAAGCCCAGAUGAUGAAGGCAAAGAUGAAGAAGUCGCCGGAUGCGGCAAGGCUCGAGGCUGAGUACAACGCAGCAGUCGCAGGCUCUGCUGGCAGCACAGACCGCGAUGUAGUGGUGCUCAAUGCCAUGGACAACCGAAUGCUAGCGGGAGGUAGACAGGGUGAGGUCAUCUCGCUCGAAAACAAGCGAGGUGUGGAGCGUGGUCUGGUCAAGGAGAAUGAGGACAUGAGCAUCGAAGAUAUGGUCCGACAAGAACGACGAACGAAGGGCCAGAAUGAAGGUCUGAUCCUUGCAGAGAAGAUUGGCAAGGAUGUCAAGUUCGAUAACGAUCUUGACUACAUGGACGAGAACGCGACCAAGCUCGCGGCUCGCGCUCCCAAAUCAUCCAUCAACCUGCGCAACCAAGCCAUCCAGGACUACCAGAAAACGAAUCGCAUCCUCGAUUCGUGUCCGCUUUGCCAUCAUGAAGACAAGUCUCCUCCUCAACCUCCAGUCGCCCCUAUCGUCUCUUUGGCAACACGCACGUUCCUGACUCUGCCCACUGAGCCGGAGAUCAGCGACGGCGGUGCGGUCAUAGUGCCUAUUCAGCAUCGCACCAACCUGCUUGAAUGCGACGACGAUGAAUGGGAGGAGAUUCGCAACUUCAUGAAGUCUCUUACGCGCAUGUACCACGACCAGGGCCGUGACGUCCUCUUCUACGAGAACGCCGCCAACCCGGGUCGCAAGCUGCACGCCGCCAUGAGCGCAGUCCCGAUUCCGUUCGAGCUUGGCGAGACAGCACCCGCCUUUUUCCGUGAAGCGAUCCUCAGCUCGGACAACGAGUGGAGCCAGCACAAGCCCAUCAUCGAUACGCUCAAGGCGUCCCGCUCAGGGCUCGGCAAGCAGGCGUUCCGCCGAAGCUUGGCGAAGGAAAUGCCGUAUUUCCACGUGUGGUUUGAGCUGGAUGGAGGAAUGGGUCACAUCGUGGAGGACGAGCGCAGAUGGCCACGUGCCGAUCUAUUCGCGCGCGAGACACUUGGAGGAAUGCUGGACGUGGACAUUCAGGUGCAGAAGCGACAGGGCCGGUGGGUGAAGGGCGACCGGCGGCCGGAGAGGUGGAGGAAAGGCUGGAGGAAGUUCGACUGGACGCGCGUACUUACGGAAGGGCAGUAGCUAGCAGUCCUCCAGGACGUCGACGGUUCACGGUCGGCAGAUUCUUCUAGACGGGCAGUAACGAGCAUUGCCUCUGGAUGACUACCUCUGGAUAAUUGCGUCUGCAUAAUUGUAUCUGGAUGGGCCAUUUUAUGCAUGCUACUCGAAGGGUAGUCCUCCAGGACGUGAAUGAUGUAGGUAGACAUCUGGCAGACAGACUCUAGUGAACACUCAUGAGUAAACGGGCAGGAGCGAGCAUUGCUUCUGGGCACGCAGUUCAUU